GAUGGCGCUGAGGGGCGUUUGGCAGCUGCAGAAGCUUGUGGUGAACUACUGCGACUGGGGAGGGAGCAGCAGAGGAAUCAGGGCUUUUAUGGAGUCACAUCUUCCAGCUUUGAAGGAAAAGAAUCCCCAGUUAGAGGUAGUGACACAGCUUGUCCGUGGUCAGCAUCCUAACUUGAAGGGCAUUUACAAAAACCAUAACGAGAGAGUGGUUUGUGUCAGAAAUCUAGCACCCGAGGACAUCAUGUUGCAAGCUAGUAGGCUAAGGUGUUCUCUGGGCAGGAAAGUGGUGAAGCUGAGAACCAGACACGUUACGAAACGGCCAAGUGUCCAGGGGACAUGGACGACGGAACUGAAGAUGUGAAUCAAAGUUCCGAGAGAGGCUGUUGCAGUGUUCCUGUUGAACUGUUUGAGAUGUAUGGCAAGAACUCUGUGCUGCUAUUAGACCUACCUUUUGUCAGUAGUUACAGUUUCAUUUUUUGUUUGUUUGAGACAUAAUAAUCUGAUAAUAUCAUGUAAACGUGGGAGAUUCUUGUUAGUGGCGGAUGUGAUCUUAGACCAUCA